UCGACUUGUUUUACGAUCUUUGCUGCCAAAAAGAGAAGGGUCUCUGGAGACAAGUGUUAGGAUUAGAAAGACAACACCAGCUUCCUCUUCUCGACACGAACCUCCGUCAUGCCUCCUCAUUGCCACGUAGCAUCACUCUCUUCAAUUAUAUAUACACACUUACAAAUAUCCUCAUGUCUUUGCCUUAUCACUCACCAAAAAUCAUCAAAUAACAACUCAUUAGAGCUGUCAACAUCAGCAUAUAUCAUCCACAGAGCCAAAGGUAAUGAUGGUUGGUGCAAAUAAGAAACAACGAGCGGUCAACGCUAGUUCGAGGAAAGGCUGUAUGAGAGGAAAAGGUGGACCUGAGAACGCGUCUUGCACUUACAAAGGCGUUAGACAACGCACAUGGGGAAAAUGGGUCGCUGAGAUCCGUGAGCCUAACCGAGGAGCUCGUCUUUGGCUCGGUACUUUCGACACCUCCCGCGAGGCUGCCCUGGCUUAUGACUCCGCAGCUCGUAAGCUCUAUGGGCCCGAGGCCCACCUCAACCUUCCUGAGUCCUUAAGAAGCUACCCGGAAACAACAUCGCCUGGACCGCAAGUGUCCCAAACGCCAAGCAGCAACACGGGUGAAAAAAGUAGCGAGGAGUCGCCUAGUUCAUCCAACGAGAUGUCAUCGUGGGGAACAAGAUCGGAGAUAUCAUGGGAACAUAUGAACGUUGAUUUGCCGGUAACAGAUGAUUCUUCUAUAUGGGAAGAAGCUACAAUGUCACUAGGGUUUCCAUGGGUUCAUGAAGGAGAUGAUGAUUUUUCUCUUUUUAAUAGUUGUAUUUCCGAUGGCUAUUCUAAUUGGGAUUCCUUUCAUUCACCACUUUGAGGUUCACUAAACUCUUUUAGUCAUUAAGACUUACCAUAUACAAUAUACAUCCAAGGUAGUCAUUGUUAUUAGCAGUAAGGCCCAAGCCCAGAAGCAACAUACGAAGCCCAUGAGGAUGUUGCAGCUUGAGGACAAACCUGCAACGUUAACAAGAGGUCACGCAAGCUGCGCUUGUACGGUAAAGCAGUCAAGCAAUCUACACAACCGUUAUGCUCCCCUCUUGACUGCCAGCUGCUGAUGUCACAGCUGUCUACUAUCUAGAUCCUUCUCUAUCCUCUAUAUAUUGUCAUCGUCUGUAAACAUUAAAGCUUAAGCAAAUAAAGUUAUA